AUGACUUUCCGCCGGCGUCGAGUUGACUCGGAGUCGGAUGAAGAAGAGCAGGACUCAGAGGAGGUUUGGUUGAAACUUGAGGAGACCCGAGAGGUGCAGAAUUUGAGGAAGAGGCCCAAGGGCGUGAGUGCUGCUGCUCUGCUGGUGGGAGAGAAGGUGCAAGAGGAGAACACACUGGUGGAUGACCCCUUCAAGAUGAAGACCAGCAGAAUGGUGGACAUGAAGAAGCUGAAGGAAAGGGGCAAGGAGAUCAGCGAGGAGGAAGACCAGUACCUGGGCACGUCAUUCUUGGCAGAGACCAACCGCAGGGACGAGGAUGCCGACAUGAUGAAGUACAUAGAGACAGAGCUCAAGAAGCGGAAGGGCAUCGUGGAGCACGAGGACCAGAAGGUGAAGGUCAAGAACGCCGAGGACUUCCUCUAUGAGCUGCCCAAGAACAUCCGUGUGGCCUCGGCCAAGAGGACCGAGGAGAUGCUGUCCAACCAGAUGCUCAGCGGCAUCCCCGAGGUGGACCUGGGCAUUGACGUUAAGAUCAAGAACAUCAUCUCCACGGAGGACGCCAAGGCUCGCCUGCUGGCUGAGCAGCAGAACAAGAAAAAGGACAGUGAGAUGUCCUUUGUGCCCACCAACUUGGCAGUCAACUACGUGCAGCACAACCGCUUUUAUCACGAGGAGCUCAAUGCUCCCAUCCGGAGAAACAAGGAGGAGUCCAAAGCCCGGCCCUUGAGAGUGGGGGACACAGACAAGCUGGAGCCUGAGCGCUCCCCUCCUAACCGCAAGCGUCCUGCCAACGAGAAGGCCAGGGAUGACUACCACUAUGAAAAGUUCAAGAAGAAGCACAGACGGUACUGA